UUUUGCUUACACUGUUCUGAUGAUCAAUAACUAUGGGAACUGCUGGGAUAAACUUUGUUUACAGGAAAUAAUUUUUUCCCUGCCAGUCUGAACAUGUUUAUAGAUGCCGAGCAAUUGAACCAGCAUGCUGACAAGUCUGUAAGACUGUUCCCACUUCUUGAGAUUUCUUAUAAAUAAUGUGUGUUAUUGUACAAAUUAAUCAUCUUUUGAAAUAUGUGAGGCUUAAACAGACUUAAACAAGAAAAUAUGUAGUUAACUGAUGAAAGCAUCAUUUCAUACCUCUUUGUGUAGACCCAAAUGGGAAGAUCAAAGAGGAGACUUGGAAUUGUGUUCUGUCCAGCAAACAAAGCACUGAUCAGAUCCCUGGCUAUUAGUGCUGUGAGCAUCCGCAGUCAGGGAUUCCUCCUUCCGUCAGAGAGCCAGUAGUUGAAGCAAAUGUGUUUGAAGUGCUGUUGAAGUGUAAAGGAAGGACGAAAAAAAGUUACUUGCCCAAAUUGUGCAGUUAAGACUAGUAACAGUUUUUUCUUCUACUUAGGAACUAAUACCAGUUCUCCUCACUUUUUAUGAAUGUUCAAGGAUUGAUAAUCCAAGGCCUAAAGCAUUUGUAAUGUAUAUUUCAUAUCUAUACUGGUAAUCAGAUUUCUUUUUUUGUAAUGGUUUGUAAGCUCUGUAUUCUUUUGAAUACUGGCUUAAUAUUUGUCUUUGACUACACUAAGUUCACUCACUGGUGAUGGUAUGUUAUAGUAUCUGAGAAAGCAGAAUGCUUGAACUUUGGAGUUGCAGAGCAAUUUCAUACAGUUGCAGGUCAAUUUGAUGAAGUUUCUUCAGAAAUCUCAUGUCAAAGCUGACUUAACUUCCAAAAUUCACUUUCCAAAAUUCCAGAAUUAAUGCUUUCAGCAACAUGUCCAAAAUAUACUUUUGCUCUUGUGAGUGCUUCCUUCUCUAUUGUACAGACCUUAACAAGAAUGCAGAGAAGCGAUGGCAAAAUGUGUCCCUUUCCAUCUUGUACUUUGCAUUUCAUAGCAAUGCAGAUCUUAUGUUGUGAACUAAAUGAAAAGAUGAACAUGCACUGGUCGAUUCUGUAACAACAGAAGUGGUAACCAGUGAAUCACUGAGGAGUGGUUCAUCAUCUGGCACUUUGCAAAAGAGAGAAGAUUGCUGACAUCUGUGAAGCAAUGAGCUCAGUCAGUUGAUCUCUAUAUGGAGAGAAGAGCAGAACAACAAACAGUCUGCUAAUUACUAGAGCAGCAAUGGAAUGCUCUCAGCUGGCAGGAGAGAGGGAAGAGGAAUGUUUGCUGUCUACCAGAAGUAUUUUAACACUUUUCCCUUUUGGUCAGUUUUUGGGCACCUGACAGAAUCACAGUCAUCUUACAUCCUGAUAAUCAUCAUAUCGUUGACUCAUUCCAUAUUGGAAGGGACCUCAAGGAUCAUCUGGUCCAAUCUUUAUUGGCAAAACUCCUGGCUGUGGCUAUAACAGUCUAGACGAGAUGGCCCAGCACCCUUCCCAGCUGAAUUUGAAGUGUCCAGUGUUGGGGAAUCCACAACUUCCCACAUAGUGGGAUCAUUCCAAUGGCUGAUUGUUCUCACAAUGAAAAAUUUUCUUCUUGUAUCUGAUCAGAAUCUCCCCAAGUAUGACUUGCACCCAUCACCCCUUACUUUUUCCAUAUGAUCCCUUAUGAAAAGAGAGUCUCCAUCUUCUUUGUAUCUACCCUUUAAAUAUAGGGACAUGAUGAUAAGGUGUCCUCUAAACUUCUUUUCUCCAGGCUGGACAAACACAUUUCUCUCAGACUUUCCUCCCACGGCAGGUUUCUCAGUCCUUUGUUCAUCUUUGUGGCCCUUCACCUUAUCCAGCCUGUCCACAUCUUUCUUGUAUAGCAGGGACCAAAACUAAACACUAUUCUAGGUGUGGCCUGACCAGCAGUGUGUAAAGUGGGAUAGUGAUUUCUUUAUCUCUGCUGGUGAUGUCCUUGUUGAUGCAACCCAGCACUGUCUUGGUUUUCUUUGCUGCAGCAGCAAACUGUUCACUUGUACUGAGCUGUACUCAUACUCCACCAGUGCCCCCAGGUCCCUUUUCAUAGAGCUGCUCCCCAGCCAGGUAGGUCACAGCUUGUGCUGCUCUUCCUAUAGUAUAUUUUCCCAAAUGCAUGACCUUAGCAUGUCCUUCUGAACUUCAUCAGGUUGUUAGCCUACUCUUCCAACCUAUCCAGGUCCUCCUGCAGGGCGGCUUUCCCUUCCAAAGUGUCCACUUCCCCACUCAGGUUGGUAUUGUUGGUGAACUUCACUAGGGUACAACUUGAUCCCAUCAUCGAAAUCACUGAUGAAAAUAUUAAACCAUUUUGUACUAAUAUCGAUCUCUGGGGGACUCCACUUGUGACAGUUGCCAGUUUGAAAGGGAACUAUUUACACCACCAUAUAGCUGUGGCCGGUCAGCCAAUUCCCCACCCACCACGUGGACCACUUGUCCAGACCAUCACACAUCAGUUUCUGUAGGAGGAGGCUGUGGGAAAUCAUAUCAGAGCCUCUGAGAUACCCAAGGUAGACAGUGUCCACUGCUUGCCCUGUAUCAACUGAGCAGGUUACUUUGUUGUAAAAGGCAAUACUUUGUUGUAAAACGCAGUCAUCUUUGUCAAGCGCACUUUGCUCUUCGUGAAUCCAUGCUGGCUUUUCCUAAUCACAUACUUCAUUAGGCUUGUGACAGCUCCCAGGAGAAUUUGUUCUGUAAGUUUGCCAGGGACCAGAGUAAGACCAAUGGACCUGCCAUUUUCUGCAUCCUCCUUUAAACCUUUCUUGUAGAUGGGAUUGACAUUAGCCGCCUUUUAGUCUUCUCAGAUGUCUCCCGAACUCCACAACUUCUCGAAGAUUAUGGAGAGUGGCCUUGUGCCAUGUCAGUCAGCUCUCUUAACACCCUUGUUGGGUACUGUCAGAGCCCAUCAAUCUGUAGGGGUCAAGCUCCUUUAAUAGUUCACAUACCAACCCUUCCUUCACCCGUGGUGGGUCUGCAUUUGCAUCAGCUGGGAUUUUUGUUCCUAAGGCCUGGUGCUGGAAAGGACAUAGAUGAAGAAAGUACAUCUGCCUUUUCAGCCUUGAUGGUGACUAAUUAAUCUCUCCUGUUUAACAACAGGCAAAUAUUUUCUGUCGGUCUCUGCUUGUUGUUUACAUACCUGUCCUGGUUUCAGCUGGCAUAGAGUGUAUUUUCUUCCUAGUAGCUGGCACAGUGCUCUAUUUUGAAUUUGGUACGCGAAUAAUAUUGAUAACACUGAUGUUUUGGUUGUUGCUAAGUUGUGUUUGUCCUACAUCAAGGACAUUUCAGUGUCCCAUGCUCUGCCAGUGAGGAGAUCCACAAGAAGCUGUGAGGGAGCGUGGCCAGGACAGCUAACCCUGACUGCCCAAAGGGAUGUUCCGUACCACAGAAUGACGUGCGCAGUAUAUGAACUAGUGGGAGUUGGCUGGGAGGGGCCCAUCACUGCUAAGGGGCAGACUGGGGAUUGAUCGAUCAACAGGUGGUGAGUGAUUGUAUUAUGCAUCACUUGUGUUUCUUGGGUUUUAUUCCUCUCCUUUUCCUAUUUUUAUUUUACUUUACUGUAUUUCAAUCAUUAAACUGCUCUUAACUGAUGGUUUUAUCUUUGUUCUGAUACUCCGCUCCAUGCCAUUGGAGUGGGGUGUCUGCAUGGUACUUACUUGUGUGCUGAUGGUAUCUGAAACCAUGAUAGUAUCUGAAGAUUCUGUUCUUGUAGGUUUCGACAUCUCUGACUAAUUUCAAUAUGGGCUGAGCUUUUGUUUUUCUAACUGCAUCUCUGCACACCCUGCAAUGCCCAAUUAUUUGGGCAUAAUCCUGAAACCCAAAAGAAGGUUCAAAGAGAACUGGAUGAGAUGUUUGAUAAGAUUUCCAUUCCUCCUUUGUCAAGAUUGAAGAAAUGGGAUAUGCCAUGUGGCCAUUCAAGAUGCUUUAAGUAGGUAGAAGUAGCUGGGAUGGGUGCUAGAAGGUGCAUGAGAUUGUACUGAGAAAGUUUACCAAGCAAAAGGUAGGGUUUUUCUAUUUUUUAUAGUGAAGCAGUUAUAGAUAAUCACUAAUUUGCUGUUGUUUUGACCCUUCUCCCUUUUACUUUUUUCCUUAGAAGGAUAUCAAGUAUGGAAUGGCACAAAUAUUCAGAUCAUAAUUUAUGCCGUACACAGAAACCCCAAGAUCUUCUGUGACGUGGAGGAGUUCAGGCCUGAGCGAUUCUUCCCCACAAAUUAAUCCAGGCUGCAUUCUAGGGACCAGCAGAAUCCUGUGUUGUCGUUUGUGCCUCUGGGCUUACACACCUGCCUUACAGGAUGCAUGCCUUCUGUCAAUAUGGUCAGAAGGGCUUCCACUUAGUGCUUUAUGUUGUUUCCUGCUGAGGUAUUGCAUGGGCCUGCAAAGAACUUUCUCACUCUUCACUUGAGUCAGAGGAGUGAAGUGAGGGCAGGGAAGGAGCACUGUUGCCUCUAACUUCUCUGCCAUUAGGAAAUGCUUACAGGCAGUCUCUCCAUGCGCGUGUUUUUUAAAUCUGUUUAUUUCCCUGGCAAGAAGCUGCGCCUGUGGUCUUUGUGAUAGCUCCGCCUCCUGCUCUCCUGGCCAAAUUCCCCACACACUCAGCUUGGUGCAACGGCACUGGCGGGUACAGGCAGUGCCAGUUCCACAGCAGGGAUCAAGGCUUGCAGCAGGAGGCUGAGAGGUGAUGAUGGAGGUUAUGCAAGGAUCCACAGGAAGACUCCAGCUGCUGCCCUUGGGGGCUGGGGUCAUCACUCUGUUGUUGACAGUUGUGGCUUUAUGCUCCCUGCCCUCCCUGAUGAGUUACUGGAGGCGAUGGUGGAUGAUGAAGUCAAUCCCGGGUAUCAGCCCCUGCUAUCCUGUGCUGGGAAAUGCUCUACUCUUAGAACGGGGUGGAGAAGGUUUUUUUAAUCAACUAAAAUUUUAUUCUGAAGAGUUCAGGAAGUGGUCAUUGUUCAAUCUUUGGUUAGGACCAUUGCCUGUCGUAGUUUUGUAUCACCCCGACAGUGUGGAGGUUAUUUUGAACAGUUCAAAACAUAUAGAAAAAUCAUACCUGUAUGACUUCCUGCAUCCAUGGCUGGGCACUGGACUUCUGACAAGCACUGGAGACAAGUGGCGGUCGCGGAGGAAGAUGAUAACUCCCACUUUCCACUUUGCAAUAUUGAAUGAUUUUCUAGAGGUUAUGAAUGAACAAGGAAGUAUUUUGGUUAAGAAACUUGAAAAGCAUGUUGACAAGGAACCAUUUGAUGUCUUUCUGGACAUCACUCUGUGUGCCCUUGAUAUCAUCUGUGAAACAGCAAUGGGCAAGAAUGUAGGUGCUCAGAAGAAUAAGAAUUCUGACUAUGUUUCUGCUAUCUACAGGAUGAGUGAUCUAAUCCAACAGAGACAGAAGAGCCCUUGGCUUUGGCCUGAUCUUUUAUACAUGCUAUUCAAGGAAGGAAGAGAACACAAGAGGAACCUCAAAAUCCUUCACAAUUUUACAGAUAGAGUCAUUGCAGAAAAAGCUGCAGAACUUGAAAACACUAUGCAAAAAAAACAUGAUAAUGAUGGCAACUGUGAAGAAAGUGUCUCCAAAAAGAGAAAAGCAUUCCUGGACAUGCUGCUGAGUGCAACAGAUGAUGAAGGAAACAAACUGAGCUACAGGGACAUUCGUGAGGAAGUGGAUACUUUCAUGUUUGAGGGCCAUGAUACAACAGCAGCUGCUAUGAACUGGGUCCUAUACUUGCUUGGACAUAAUCCUGAAGUUCAGAAGAAGGUUCACAAAGAAUUGGACGAGGUGUUUGACAACACUGAGCGUCCUGUUACAACAGACGACUUGAAACAGCUUCGAUACCUUGAGUGUGUUGUGAAAGAAGCCCUUCGACUCUUCCCUUCAGUUCCCAUGUUUGCCCGUACCUUGAGAGAGGACUGCUGUAUUAGUGGAUAUCAGAUACCAAAAGGCGCAACUGUUCUUAUUUUAACUUAUGCCCUGCACAGAGACCCAGAGAACUUCCCGGACCCAGAGGAGUUCAGGCCUGAAAGAUUCUUCUCUGAAAAUUCUAAGGGAAGGCACCCAUAUGCUUACGUGCCCUUCUCAGCUGGUCCCAGGAACUGCAUUGGUCAGCGCUUUGCACAAAUGGAGGAGAAAACUCUUCUAGCCCUCAUCCUGCGGCACUUUUGGGUGGAGUCAUGUCAAAAGCCAGAAGAGCUUCGUAUAGCUGGAGAAUUGAUUCUUCGUCCAAAUAAUGGCAUCUGGAUUAAGCUGAAGAGGAGACCAAAUGCUGGAUCAGAAUGAAACCCAUUUCAAGGGUUUACUUCCAAAAAUUUUCAAGCUAUUUAGGCUGAAAUAUGUUUUAAAAUCAGAUAUUUUGAUGUCAGUCCAGCAGUUUGUUAAAACUGGUUGUUACUGUUUCAUUAAAGUUGUAAUAGUCUUAAAUUGCUCUUCUUUUCUAGUACUUGUGAACUUCAUGUUAAUCUUUGAACUGCAAGUCUUUAAAUAUUAACUUUUAAUGCCUUAUUUGCUCAGAUGAAACUAUUCUAUUGCAACAGUGCCACAAAACCUUAAGUUAUGGUAGUAACAACAGCAAUGCCUGUGAUUAAGUGAUCUGAUUACAUGCCAUAGCAUUUGCCAGGUAACUGAUAGUCUCAAAUAUUUGUACAGUUUUCAGGUUUCUGAAAUAUACAGUAUCAGGUUCUGAUAAUUCUUCCUCUCAGGCAAUAUUUUUCCUUUUUGAUAAUGACUGUAUCUGUGAAGAUGAAGCAAAAAUCUCUGGUGACUUCUCUCCUCCUCUGUAAACAUUUACAGUAGUUCUUAAAUAGUGAGUGCUCUGAAUUAUUUUUUAGCAAAGUAUACCAUAAACAUUAAUCUGUAUAACCAUACCAGGAAGUAGAUAGUGUGCAAAUUACACACUGGAUGUCACAAUGACAGAACCACUGUAUUUGCAAAUAAACUUCUACUAUGCCUCAA